AUGACGAUGUGGUACUCGCUCGGGGUAGCGUUCUUCGCUGCCAUCGGCACAUUCCUCUUCGGAUUCGAUACCGGGAUCGCGACAACGACAAUCGCUCACCAAAGCUGGAUCGAUUAUAUGGCCCAACCCUCCAAGGGGCUGACCGGUGCCGUCGUCGCAGUAUAUAUCGCCGGCGAAGCCCUCGGCGCCUUAACACAAACAUUCAUCGGUGAUAAACUCGGCCGUAUCCGCUUCAUGCAGCUGAUGUGUAUAAUCGUGACAAUCGGGACCGUCAUCCAAACCGCCUCCGUGAAUAUCGGCAUGUUCCUCGCCGGCCGAGUUCUAGCCGGAUACGCUGUGGGCGGAAUGGUCGCCACAGUCCCGAUCUACCUGAGUGAAAUCUCCGACCCACGCGUCCGAGGCCUAAUCGGCGGAAUAUCCGGCUGCGGUAUCUCCUUCGGUACAAUGAUGUCGAAUUGGGUCGGGUUCGCGUGUAGUUAUGCCCCCUACGGCCCUGUGCAAUGGCGACUCCCACUCGGCAUCCAGAUCCCCUGGGGCGUGAUCAUGUUUAUCGGAUUGUCGACGUUUAUGCCGAACUCGCCGCGGCAGCUGAUUCGUAACGGGAAGGUUGAGGAUGCCGCGAGGGAGUUUACGAGGAUUCGACGUGGUUUCGAGGAACAGGAGGUUCAGCAGGAGUUUGCGCUUAUGCAGGCUCAGAUUGAGUAUGAGAUGGAGAGGGAAAUCACUUCUUAUAAAGAGAUCUACAAGUUGUUCCGGUCUCGGGUCUUGGUGUCUAUUGCCGUGCAGACAAUGACUAGUUUGACGGGCGUGAACGUUAUCCAGUAUUAUCAAACAAUCUUGUAUAAAUCCCUCGGCAUCAAUUCCCACUCGAUUCUCGCACUGGCCGCCGCUUAUGGGACCAUCGCCUUCGUCUCCAACGCCCUAACGACAAAGUACCUGACAGAUCAGUGGGGACGACGCAAGAUGAUAAUUACGGGUCUAGCCGGAAUCGUGCUGAUCGAGAUCUAUGCGGCUGUCAUGCAGCGAGUGUUCCAGAACACGGAUAACCGCGUCGGCAAGGGAUUUGCCAUUCUCGGUAUAUAUCUGUUUGUCGUGUGCUACUAUGGUAUGCUUAAUAGUACGACUUGGCUGUAUGGAGCGGAGGUCUUGCCCAUAGCCCUGCGAAGUAAAGUUAUGGGGUUGGCGGCUGCGUCACACUUUAUUGUUAAUGUCGCGAUCACCGAAGCGGGACCUAGUGCAUUUGCCAAUAUCCAUGAAAACUAUUACUACGUUUUUGUGGUUUGUUCGGCAUUUUUCUUGGUGAUCGCAUACUUCUUCUUCCCGGAAACCAAACAAAAAACUCUCGAAGAAGUCGCUGCGGCAUUCGGCGACCGUGUUAUUGCCGCUGAUGAUAGUGCCAAGCGAGUGUCGCAAGUCGGUGAAGCUCAACACGUUGAAUCGGCCCGGAAGGCGGAGCCCUGA